AUAAAUAUGCAUGUUGCAGAAAUUGGUGAAGGUCCAGCAGUUCUAUUUGUACAUGGCUUCCCUGAGUUAUGGUAUUCAUGGCGCCAUCAAAUGUUAUACCUUUCUAACAAAGGUUAUAGAGCCAUUGCUCCUGAUCUUCGUGGCUAUGGAGACACUGAUUGUCCAUCGGCAAUUGAUAGUUACACUGCGCUUCACAUUGUUGGUGACUUAGUUGCUCUGCUAGAUGUUCUUGAACUAGAGAAAGUGUUUUUAGUUGGACAUGAUUGGGGUGCUUCAAUAUGCUGGUAUUUCUGCUUGUUUCGUCCUGAUCGUAUUAAGGCUUUGGUUAAUAUGAGUGUUGAGUUCCGUCCCAGGAAUCCAUUGAGAAAACCAACGGAUAUGAUGAGGGAGUUUCUUGGUGAUGACUAUUAUAUGUGUAGAUUUCAGAAACCUGGGGAAGUGGAAGAGGAAUUUGCUUCUAUUGAUACUGCAAAAAUCCUUAUAGGAUUUCUUUCUUCACGUGAUACGUCCCCACCUCGCGUGCCCAAAGAGAUUGGCUUUCAUCAGGUCUUUGCGCAGUCACCAGCCACAUUACCCUCAUGGCUAACAGCGGAAGAUGUGAAUUAUUUUGCUCAGAAAUUAAACAAAACAGGCUUCACUGGAGGACUGAACUAUUAUCGUAAUCUGGACAAAAACUGGGAGCUGACAGCACCAUUUAGAGGAUGCAAAAUUCAUGUUCCAACUAAGUUUAUUGUGGGUGACCUGGACAUUACAUAUCAUGUUCCUGGAAUCAAGGAGUAUAUUCACAAUGGUGGUUUCAAGAAAGAAGUUCCUAAUUUGCAGGAAGUUGUUGUAAUGGAGGGAGUAGCUCAUUUCAUCAACCAAGAAAAGCCUGAUGAAAUAAGUGCCCACAUUUAUGAUUUUAUUCAGAAGUUUUGAUUAACGAGACCCCCUUUGUCUUUCAGGUUUCCGCCACUUCACCACUUGGAAUAAGCAGUGUACACUGUAGUGCUACAACUUAAUAAGUAUCUAUGAUUGAUACUGUAUUUUUCCUUUCCAUAUAUUACUGGAGUUUUUGACAUAAUUUGAGGCUAACUUGUUGAAGUUUGUACUGAAUAAAAUGUCAUUUCAGAUUUAUGUUCCUGAAAAUGAAAAUUUGGGUAUUUGCCA